GUGGGCCCAACUGGGCUUCAAGGCUGCUUCGGGGAAUCGGAGGUUUUAUUGUCACGAGCGGCAUAGGAGCUCGUAAAGCAGUACUUACAAGACACAGCUCCCGGUUGUUGCCUACGUCCCCUUAACACGCAAUGGAAGCUCCCAUCUCCCGUUGAGAGGCUAUACAAUCGGCCGGCGUGCUAUUCGCUGUCCUCUUGUUAGCUCUAGCAAGUGUCAGCAGAAGCUGUAACAGCUAAAAGGAGCCAGGCACCUGGGAGGUGCCUUCUGCUACGCCAUCAGCCUAACAGAUCACACCCGGUACUUCUCUGAAAAAGCAACUCUUUUGUCUUUUCAGAACAUGGUGUCGAGCGCCAACACCUGGGUGUGGUUAGCGGUGGUGCUGCUAGUCACCCUACUGCGCUAUGUCUCCCGAACGUUGCAGAUGGGAGUGCCCCGCCAUCUUCAACUCGAGGAUUUGUUGAUGUGCUUUACUGUUGUCUUCUACAUCUUGCUGACCGUGUUCUUGAUUGAAGUGCAAAAGCAUGGCACCAACGAGAUCCCCAGAGAACAAUUCGGUGACAUCGAGCCCUCCUCCAUUCCAGACCGUAUCACAGGUAGCAAGCUGGUCAUUGUGGUGGAGCAGAUGUGGCUAGCCACCAUUUGGGGUUGCAAGGCUUGCCUGCUACUGCUGUAUUCAACUAUGACCUCCGGACUCUCGCAGCAUCGGAUCGUGAAGAUUAUCGGUGCCUUCUGUGCCCUUAGCUUCGUCAUUGUGGAGAUCUUAUUCUUUGCCGCCUGGUGUCGUCCCUUUUCCGCAUACUGGUCCGUGCCGCCGAAGAACCUCCAGUGUUCCGUCUAUCGCAAUCACUUGAUUUUGGUACUCACACUGAACAUCUUAACUGACCUGAUGAUCAUGGCCAUUCCGCUACCCCUGCUGAUAAAGGCGAAACUUACUUUGGUCAAGAAGGUCACGCUUUGUGCAGUCUUCUCGCUGGGGGCUUUUGUGAUUCUGUGCUCAAUUCUGUCCAAGUACUACUCCUUGUCUAAUCCAUAUGGCGACCAAUGGGUGGACUGGUACGUCCGCGAGGCUGCCACAGCAGUGAUCGUGGCCAACAUUCCUCAAACCUGGACUCUGUUUCGCCGACUGUUUAAUUGGCGGGCGUUCCUGGCCCAUUCGUCAUACGACCGUAGCCAUGGAAAAUACACCAGUCGCUUGGACAGCUCGACCAUCCAUUUAUCCCGCUUCCGCGCCGGCGAUAAGUCCCAGGGCCGGUCUACGAUCGACCCAACCGAAUCCGGCGAGUACAUUACUCGAGAGCAGCCGUUGGAGAUUUGGGAGCAUCGCCAGUUCCACGUCACAAAUGAGCCCGAAGAGUUGCGGAAGAGCAGCAGCCUGAGCCAAAGCAGUAGUGGUAGCGUGGAAUUCGACACGACCGGAUACCAGACGCAGCAGUCGCGGACAAUCGUGACAGCAACUGAAUGAUUCAGCUGUGAUCCUCGGUCAACCGGUAUGUAGGAG